GAUUUGGCAAUUCCUACAAGAAUCUGGAGUUUCUUUCUAGCCAGCUACAAACACAUCUCUUGGGGGGCCAAAGAAGUCAAGAGCAGUGACAGCACCGUGCCCUGCCACACACAGACUCAGCGCACUUUCACUCUCUUUUCUACGGCCUAUUUUUAUUUUAGCUGUACGACAGUGCAUUAUAUCCACAUUUUAAAAUGUGGAAACUGAGGACUAGAGAGGGUCUGGCCUCGUCCAAGGUUUCAGACAACGCGUAGUGUUGGGAAUCACGUGCGUUUGGCGAUAGCUCGAUUAGUCCAGGCACUGCCUCUAGUUACGUGACCUCUGAUAGGUCCUUGAACCUCUCUCGGGCCCGUUUCCUUUUCUGGAGAAGAACGCUAAUAUCUCCCUUUCUCAUACAGCCCUUUUCGGUUUAACCCAAACUCUCCCAGCCCUGCCCUUGGGGAGUUCCGGGUUUGGCGAUACGACCCGCGAGACACCGCAGAGAGCAUGUGGGAGCAGGGACGUAAAGGGCUCGGUCUGCGGGAGCACACUCUCUAUGAAUACUGAUAUGUGACUUUGACUACAGACGGACUGGACGCGAUAGCCCCACCUUCAGAGGGACUACAAGAACCUCAGGGCGCCGGAAAAGGAGGAGGGAAACUACCCUGUCCCUACAAAAGCGAAAGCUAUGCCACGCCCACAGGAGGCGGGGCCGGAAGCUCGUGUGAGUACGACCUGCGCCUGCGCACUGCCAUCUUGUUCAAAGACCCCUCCCUCCGUCCGGGCUGUCGGCUGGUUAGCCACACAGCUGGGUCCCGCAAAUCGGCAGGGCGUGGCCAGGCCAUGGCGACCGCGGAGCCCAGUGGGCACGCGGCGCCGGCUUCAACUCCAGGACCUGGGCCCGGCGGGGUUCCGGGCCGCGUGGCAGGAGCUGCGGGGGCGCCCUCUGGGCGAAGUGGCCGCAGAGUACCCCGGGUGGGGGAGCGGACCCCGGCGGCUGUGGAGAAGCGGGGCCCGUACAUGGUGAUGCGCGUACCUUCCAUUCAGGCCAAGCUGCAGAAGCACCGGGACCUGGCCAAGGCCGUUCUGCGAAGAAAAGGCAUGCUGGGGGCCUCGCCGAACCGCCCCGACUCUUCAGGGAAAAGGUCAGUGAAGUUUAAUAAGGGCUAUACUGCUCUUAGUCAGAGUCCAGAUGAAAACCUGGUGUCCCUCGACUCUGACAGUGAUGGGGAGCUGGAAUCCAGAUACUCCUCCGGGUAUUCCUCUGCAGAGGCAAGUCCAGAAUGCCUUCCUGUGUGGGGCCAGGCUUCAGGCAGUGUCAUCACCACUGCUAAAUGCUUGUCCGGUGCCUGCUACAUGCAUGGCACUAUGCCAGACUUCGCAGGUGAACCAGGAUGUGAGCCGCCAGCUGCUCCAGGAUGGGUAUCACCUGGAUGAGAUUCCAGAUGAUGAGGACUUGGACCUCAUUCCCCCCAAGCCUAUGACCUCCUCCACGUGCUCCUGCUGCUGGUGCUGUCUUGGGGAUUCCUCCUCCUGUACUCUCCAGUAGACAUAACCCCCUAAAAUGGGUCCUGCCCAUCAUGCCUGCAGAGCCCUUUCAGUUCUUCAUAGGUCACGGAGUGCAGUGGGAAUUGCUGUUUGCCCCAAUCACUGGAGGCACAGACCUUCUGGGAAGGUCAGUGACCUGCAGUUACCCCUUACCUGGUGCUUUUCAGGCCAGAGGACCCUAUCUGGGUUAUAGGGUGAAAUACGUGCAAUUCUGCAGUUUUCCUCUGCUGUUGGAACAGUUUGGCAAAACCACUUUAAUAAGGGCAGAAAUAGAGGAAUUCUGGCUCUUAGGGUGAGUGACAAAGCUGGCUAAGAAAAACACUUGACAUCCUGA